CCACGCGGGUGUCAGGUUUACGGAACACAGCUCCCGGGCCGGACGCGCGGUGGCCUGGCGGAUUCCAUUCGCCUGACCCGGCCUGGCUUGACCCUGUCUGGACGCGCCAUGUUCGCGCGUGGAUCCCGGAGACGCCGCUCCGGGCGUGUGCCUCCAGAGGCGGAGGACCCAGACCGGGGCCAGCCUUGCAACUCCUGCAGAGAGCAGUGCCCAGGCUUCCUGCUGCACGGGUGGAGAAAGAUCUGCCAACACUGCAAAUGCCCGCGGGAGGAGCAUGCAGUGCACACGGUGCCUGUGGACCUGGAGCGCAUCAUGUGUCGCCUAAUCUCGGACUUCCAGCGCCACUCCAUCUCUGACGACGACUCGGGCUGUGCAUCGGAAGAGUAUGCCUGGGUGCCCCCGGGCCUUAAGCCUGAGCAGGUAUACCAGUUUUUCAGCUGCCUUCCCGAGGACAAGGUCCCCUAUGUGAACAGUCCUGGAGAAAAAUACAGGAUCAAACAACUGCUGCACCAGCUGCCUCCACACGACAGUGAGGCGCAGUACUGCACAGCAUUGGAAGAGGAGGAGAAGAAAGAGCUCAGAGCCUUCAGCCAGCAGCGGAAGCGGGAGAAUCUGGGGCGAGGCACCGUGCGCAUCUUCCCAGUGACUAUCACUGGGGCCAUCUGUGAGGAGUGCGGGAAGCAGAUCGGAGGUGGGGACAUUGCGGUGUUUGCGAGCCGUGCGGGCCUGGGCGCCUGUUGGCACCCACAGUGCUUUGUGUGCACCACAUGCCGCGAGCUGCUGGUCGACCUCAUCUACUUCUAUCAUGCUGGCAAGGUCUACUGUGGGCGUCACCACGCCGAGCGCCUGCGCCCACGCUGCCAAGCCUGUGAUGAGAUCAUCUUCUCCCCGGAGUGCACAGAGGCCGAGGGCCGGCACUGGCACAUGGGUCACUUCUGCUGCUUCGAGUGUGAAGCGUCGCUAGGAGGGCAGCGAUAUGUCAUGCGUCAGAGCCGCCCCCACUGCUGCGCCUGCUACGAGGCCCGCCACGCCGAGUACUGUGAUGGCUGCGGGGAGCACAUCGGUCUGGACCAGGGCCAGAUGGCUUACGAGGGCCAGCACUGGCACGCCUCAGACCGCUGCUUCUGCUGCAGUCGUUGCGGUCGAGCCCUGCUGGGCCGCCCCUUCCUGCCCCGCCGCGGCCUAAUCUUCUGCUCUCGAGCUUGCAGCCUCGGGUCGGAGCCCAUGGCCCCGGCCCCCAGGCCAGGCCGCCGCAGCUGGAGCGCAGGCACUGUCACUGCCCCACUCGCAGCCUCCACAGCCUUUUUCACUGCUGUGGAGGGGACGUCCGAGACAGCCACCAAAGGCACCUGCACGGAGGCCGCGCCAGCUGUAGGCCCUGAGGAGCCUUCCCACUUCCUGAGAGGGGCCCCCCACCGCCACUCCAUGCCCGAGCUGGGGCUCCGAAAUGCUCCAGAACUUCCCCUGGAAUCUCCUGGGCAACCGGACCUGCACCAGGAAGAUAGUGCCUUUGGUCGCCAGAGCACCCCACGUGUCAGCUUCCGAGACCCACUUGUGUCUGAGGGAGGUCCACGGCGGACCCUGAGUGCACCCCCAGCCUGGCGCCGCAGGCCACGCAGUCCCCCACCCAGAGCCUCCAGCCGCCGCCACAGGAGACAUCGCAGACACCACCACCACCAUCACUGCCACUCUGGCAGACAUGGCCGCCAUCGAUGUGACUUGGCAUCAGGGUCAGACUCCGGCUCUUGCUCCAGCUCACCCUCCAGUCUCAGUUCUGAGUCCUCUGAGGACGAUGGCUUCUUCCUAGGGGAACGGAUCCCAAUGCCCCCACACCUGUGCAGGCCCAGGGCCCCUCAGGGUGCUGCAACUGAGACCAACGCCACAGCCCUGCAGCUCCCCGGGGACUCUCGGCUAGGGCUGCCUCGCCAGGCCCGAGACAAGAACUGCAUCGUGGCUUGAAAGCAGACAGCCCUAGAGGGGGCUCCGUUCUCCAGUCCGCACAUGAUGGCCUCCCCACCGGAAAAGAAGUCCUAAGUCCCCUUCCUUCCUUCCUCCCUCUUUCCUGUUUGUAUCGCUGAAGUAAUUUAAUGUGUAAAACAGGCCUGGCUUCUUUGCCUCCUGGCUCCAGCUGCCCCCUCCCCCUAACACCGCCUCCUGAUGCUUGAGAUCUAUCCACCUUUGGUCACAGGAUUAAUUUAUUCAUUCUCAUAGA